GCUUUUUCGAGCUUUCGAUCCGCGGUCACACUUGCACAAUUGUUUUUUUCGCGAAUUCAAUUGCAGUUUUUUCGCAACCUUUUAAAUUAAGAGCAAUAAUCGAAAGGGCCAUUUAACAGUGCUCCGGGUAAACGGGCGAAACAAUCAUGACCGAGAAGUACGACGGCAACGGUGACUUUUCCGCUUUUAACGACGAUGACAACGAUUUUGGCGGCAAGCCUCGCAAACCUGGUGGAUCUAUUGGAGCACCAGGUGGCGCCCACAAUGGCGACGCAUCCGCCCACGAUCACGGUCAUCAUGGUGUAGAUCCAGGCGGCAAUGUCCAGAUAAACGAGAAGGCCAAUGAGUACAUACGCGAUUGUAUGGCGGAACGAAAUCGCAUGGACAGGAAGUUUCCCAUUGCCGAGAAACUGCUGGAAGGCGAGAUUGAAAAGGUCCAGACCACAGGAAGGAUCCCUUCCAGAGAGCAAAAAUAUGCCGAUAUCUACAGGGAGAAGCCGCUGCGGAUCUCGCAACGUGUUUUAGUUCCCAUUAGAGAACAUCCCAAGUUCAACUUCGUUGGCAAACUGCUAGGGCCCAAGGGCAACUCCCUUCGCCGCCUUCAGGAGGAGACCCUUUGCAAGAUGACCGUCCUGGGUCGCAACUCUAUGCGCGAUCGAGUCAAAGAAGAGGAACUGCGCAGCUCCAAGGAUCCCAAGUACGCUCACCUCAACAGCGAUCUGCAUGUGGAGAUAUCGACAAUAGCGCCGCCCGCAGAAGCCUACGCCCGAAUCGCCUACGCCAUGGCCGAGCUGAGAAAGUAUUUGAUCCCAGACAGUAACGACAUUAUCCGGCAGGAGCAGCUGCGCGAGCUGAUGGACAGCACUAGCCUCAAUGACAACGACAAUGCCAAGAGUGGCUAUAAGAAGUCGUCUCACAUGCAGGGAGGAAACAAUGUCAUGGGUGGCGGCUCAAUUAAUCCGAUUGGAGGGGUCAAGAACACGCCGCAUCACAGCUAUAGGAGCUCACAGCCGUCAUCUUUUAGUAAAAAUGUGCUGGCUCCGAAGCAGAAAGUGAUGUCCAUAUUGGAAAAAGCCAGGACGGCCAUGGACGAAACCUAUGGUCGUGGCUAUGAUGACGGCCUUGGUUAUGAUCCCCACCAGUCGUACGAUAGCUACUCCUAUGGCACUCAUGGCCAUGGACCCCACGGACCGCCAGCUAACAUUCUGAGCGGAGUGGGCGGCAUCAGCGGUGGCGGUGGUCGGGGUGGACACUACGAAAGCUCCGACUACGAGCCGGAUUAUGGAAGACGAGAAUACUAUCAGCAUUCGCCCGGCUAUUCUGCUGGCGGCGGCGGAGGUGUAGGUCUGGGCACUGGCGGCGCUUCUCAAUCAAAUGCCAUCGGCGGCUCUGGUCUCAGUUCCAAUCACAAUCGCAGCCAUGUUAACAGGUGAAAUUUGCUGGACCCUAGUAGUGCCAGCGGAGGUCGAGGUACAAACCCGGCGGCAACCACCCAAAAUUUGACCAUGAAAUCCCAACCCAAUAGCAGCAACAACUUUUUGCCAAAUCACGGAGCAAGUGAGUGCCAAAACGGCAAGAACAUAAAUCCCAACUACUACUACAAUUCCAACGGCAGUUCCAAGGUAAAUCAGCAACAAAUUCAACAGUCGCAACCAAAUCUCCCACCGCAGCUAUCAGGCCACAACAACAACAGCAGCAAUAGCAGCCGGGCCAGCAAUAUGAAUAACACCAGUAGCCACAAUAAUUGCAAUAGCAACUUUCACCCAGUCGGUGAGAAAAACUCCAACGACGUUUCAUUUAUAUCCUCCUAUCGACUUGGUCCAAUGGAUGGCCAAAAGAGUGCCAACAGCAACAAUAUCAACAAUCACACAUUAGGCAGUAAAAACCACAGCAACAACACCACCACCACAACCGCUUCAGUGCCCAAUAUGCUCUUAGUAAGACCUGCUAAUCCUUCGCUACAUAUUGGCACAUUUCCGUUCUUGCCCGUGCAGUUUUUCUGAACCCAACAGAUACAAGAACUACAAGCAGAACAAGCAAAUCGAAAAAUCACAUCAACAUGAACAUCACAGAAACUUUGUACACUUGAGUUCAUAAGAUUAGAGGAAGGCGUAGGAGGAGUAUUUACAAAAUGGACAAAAUGAACUUUACGAUAUAUACCACAUACAAAACAUAUACAUAACAAAUAUAUUUAUACAUAUAUUUUUGCGUGCAA